UCUGUUGUCGGCUGAUAACGCGAUGCGACGGCACUGUGCGCACGUGCGCUGCGCGGCUCUAGCGAAUAAGUCUAAUUUAUAAGUUUAACUUAUAUAAGUGCGGUGUGCCGGAUGACUUUUGGGCGUGUGUUUAUUUUUUUAAUAACGUUCUAGUGUUGUUGCGUGUGAAGGAUUGCUUUUGUGAUUUUUGAUGACAAGGAUAUUUUUUUACUGACUUUUAUCCAAGUGCGAAUUUUUGGCUUGAAAUAAGCUCAGAAGGAUACGUUCGUGUGGUUCUCCGUUAUAAGAGUUUUGAAACCCCGCCGCCAAGCUGUCUACCGCAAAUGAGAUUAAAGCCAUUUACCACGUGGAUGCGCUAAUAGGUAAAUACAACCUCAACGACUAUCAUGCACGACAUGCCUCAGAAAAGGUCGGUGGCGCACGAGCCCGAUGAGCGCGUGCGCAGCGGCCGCCAUGCGCGAAAAGCACGCGGCGCCGCGCCGCCUCGCCUCUCCACCCACCUCGCCGCACGAUCAUGUCUCCAGCCCUCUCGGCUCGCCGCGCGCUGACGAGCCACUCGACCUCAGGGUCACCCACAAGCGCCCGCAGCGUAUCGAAGAUGAGAACUGCAACCUCAUCACGCCCUCGCCGCCGCCGCACCCUACGCACCCAGCUCACCCGGCCCAUCCGGCCCUGCUCCAGUUCUGCCGACGGUUGCCUCUGGCGCUGCCGGCACCAUUCGGCCGCUACCCAUUCUUGCCGGCUGCAGCGGCGACCCUGCUCGCCCCGGGCGCUCCUCGUGCACCACCAGUACCCCCCAGCCCCGGUGCGCCGAGAGCACGGGAUCGCUACACGUGCUCGUACUGCGGAAAGGCCUUUCCGCGCAGCGCUAAUCUAACUCGGCACCUAAGAACGCAUACCGGGGAGCAGCCUUACCGCUGUAAAUACUGUGAACGCUCGUUCUCAAUAUCGUCCAACCUACAACGGCACGUAAGAAAUAUCCAUAAUAAGGAACGGCCGUUUAGAUGUCGUCACUGCGACCGCUGCUUUGGACAGCAAACUAAUCUCGACAGGCAUCUUAAAAAGCACGAAGCGGAAAAUGGCGACGAUAACCGUCGGAGAUCACCAGACGAGACGUACUUUGAGGAGAUCAGGUCAUUUAUGGGACGAGUGGCCCCGGCGCGUCGCGUCGCCGCAGCUGCCAACGCCGCCGACCACACCUGAUAGUGGACCAAUAUCAUCCACCUUUACUAUAAUCUGGUCUAAACAUCCAAAUGACUCUUGUGUAGACUUUACUGAACUUUUGUUGGUAUGUGUGUUGUAUCUCAAUCAAGCUUCCAGUGUCUUCAAGCUAGACUUGAAGGAUUGUAAAAAUAUAAUAUUACGACAAAGCAAAUAGAUGCUCUCAAACAUGAAAUGUUUUAAACAUCUCUCUAAGACAUCUGACUAAUUUUAUUAAGACAGUAAGCUAAAGCAUACAAUAAUUUUCAGCGCUUUGCUUCGAGUUAUUCUCAUAAAUUUUCACAUGAUUGUUACCUAUUUUAUUGACGUAAUUCCGAACAGCGCAGUAAGUUGUAACCUGGUUUCUGGGAAGCAAGCUGGCCUCUAGGUAGGGUUAGAUUAUACUCCGAAGUGAUAUCGCGUCGUGUAGGUAGUGUUGUAAAUAGUGUGGAGCUCUCGUUGAAAGUAAUUUAGUGUCCUUACCGAAUCAACUUACCGGUAGAGUUAUAGGUAUUACAAACCCGCACUAGAUGUACGUACGUAUUAAUAAUUGCUCUUGUCGUGAAAGACAUUAAAUAGGUAUUCUGCCUAAUUAUUUUAAGGCUCCAGAGUGUUCGCUAUAUUUUAAUAACAAUGUAUAGAUAUAUAUAUAGUUAUUGUCUGAAUGUAUGUAAGAAUCCUGUUAGUAUUUUUUGUACAUUUUGCUUUAGUCGUUAUAAGGUAAUUAGUAUUAUUAGUCUGAGAGGAAACGCCGGUUACCAAUAAAAUUAUAACUUGUUGUUUAUUAAAGAUAUAAAUAUUUUUAUAAAAUGUUAGAAAAGUUAUUAAAAAUUAUCUAAUACCUGGCAAUUUUAUAUACUUACUACUGCGGUUGCGUAAAUUAUUUAAUCCAGGGUCCACCGAACCCUUUGUUAAGUUUCACUAUUACGCGAAUUAUAAGCAUAUUUGAGAUUGUAUAUUAAGAAUAUAUCAAAAAGAGAUUAUACAGAAUUCGAAGAAAAUUAUUUAGGUAUUCUCUCCAAAUUAAGAUUAAGAUUAUAAAUCUGUGAUUUAAUUGUUAUCUUUUGAGCUAAAAUUGGGACAAGAUAAUUAUGUUUUCUCACACACCAUAAAACUUUAUGGACGCAGUUUCUCAAAGAACUAAUCUAAACGUUCCUUUAAGUAGGUAUAGAUAGAUCUCUAUUAUUGUUACGAGUAUAAAGUCGGCUAGAUAUGCCUGUACUGCCUUGUCAAUCUCACUGAACGACUAAAUAAAAUGUUAUUUAUAUGCAUUUGUCAUUUGUUAUCAUUGAGAUGUUUAUAAUGCUACUUAUCCUUUCCCUUUUAAAGAAGUUGGGAUACUCUCGAACGUAACUAUAUAUCACUCAAUAAAAACUGAUAUUGAUAUUGUGUACAUAAUUGUUCAAAUAAUACGACAGUAAGCCUUUAUUUAGAAGAGUGUAGGUACACGGUAAUUGUACAACUUAAUUCACCUUUCCGAUUUCAUCACCGGACAUCCAGUCGUGACAUUUAUUUACCUCGUCAUUCUUCUAUUCACAAAAAAUUUUUUUACGUCCUUUUAAAUUCAGAGAUAUGGAUUACUAAAGCAUUGAGCUUUUAGGGCUCUGUUUUCUCAUCAUGUAGGACUAUAUAUGUAUAAGGUCAAUCCUGUCAGUUUUUAAUUGAAAAUAACGUUGUGUUUGACAGAAUCCCAUGAUUAUUUAUCCGACUGAGGAGGUUACCUUUUUACUUUGUACAACGUAUCACAAUUUGUCGUACCGCGUAAUCCGCUAGUAUACUCGUACCAAAUGUUUUACAUUCUGAAAUAUUAUAUUUAACUUAUCACUAGGAUGUGCUAAGAGAUAGAGAUAUGUUGAUGUCAUUUUGUACUUUUGAUACCUACCUAUUAGUCGUUCAAAGGUCACCGAUUACCUUGUCAAAAUGAAAUAAAUAGUUAUAAAAAUAA